UUUUUACUGCUUCCGGCAGGUACAUAAGAUCCAUUAGGUUUGAGCUGCAUUGACUACCACUGCUUUUUCCUUGGUCUCAAUUACGUCUUGGAAUAUGGCUCUGCAGAUCCCUAGAGGCUUUCGGGCAGCAGCUGUGACCUUGAUGCUGGCGAUGCUGAGCACCCCAGUGGCUGAUGGCAGAGACUCUCCCAAGGAUUUCGUGGUCCAGUUUAAGGGCAUGUGCUACUUCACCAACGGGACGGAGCGCGUGCGGGGUGUGGCCAGAUACAUCUAUAACCGCGAGGAGUACGCGCGCUUCGACAGCGACGUGGGGGAGUUCCGGGCGGUGACCGAGCUGGGGCGGAGCACCGAGGACUGGAACAACUAUAAGGACUUCUUGGAGCAGGAGCGGGCCGCGGUGUACACGGUGUGCAGACACAACUACGAGGCGGAGCUCCGCACGACCUUGCAGCGCCGAGUGGAGCCUACAGUGACCAUCUCCCCAACCAGGACAGAGGCCCUCAACCACCACAACCUGCUGGUCUGCUCCGUGACAGAUUUCUAUCCAGGCCAGAUCAAAGUCCGGUGGUUUCGGAAUGACCAGGAGGAGACAGCCGGCAUUGUGUCCACCUCCCUCAUUAGGAAUGGUGACUGGACAUUCCAGAUUCUGGUGAUGCUGGAAAUGACUCCCCAGCGUGGGGACAUCUACACCUGCCAUGUGGAGCACCCCAGCCUCCAGAGCCCCAUCACCGUGGAGUGGCGGGCUCACUCCGAAUCUGCCCAGAGCAAGAUGCUGAGUGGAAUCGGAGGCUUUGUGCUGGGGCUGAUCUUCCUCGGGCUGGGCCUUGUCAUCCGUCACAGGGGUCGGAAAGGACCUCGAGGGCCUCCCCCCGCAGGGCUCCUGCACUGAUUCCUGAAGACUUUUGUCUGGGAUUGGUUAUCACUUUUCUGUAAUGCCCACCUGCCCCUGCCCAGAAUUUCUAACUGCCUGUGUUGCCUGUCCCCCUGAGGUCAGAGUCCUACAGUGGCUCUCAUGCAGCCACCAGGUCACCUCCUAUGAUCCCAACCCCCGGGCGCUGGCUGUGACUCUGCUUCCUGCACUAACCCCGAGCCUCCACCUGUGCACUGCAAGCUGUGUCUACUCAGGCCCCAAGGGGCUUCUCUGUUUCCCUUCUCCCCACUCCAGACCUGUCAACACAAGAAAAUCAUUUACCUGACUUCAGUGCUUUUCACAUAAUUAAACAUGAUUCUGAGUUAUCCGUAUUCUGAACUUCCUCAGCUGAGCAGAGGCAGGAAACCACUGCCAAGUGAAGGAACAUACUUUGAGGUGACUCAGCCAAACUGUGGCCAGAAAGAGGGUGGUACCUUGAAAAGACACCUUGGGGUGAAAAAGUAAGAGUGAGCAGAGGAGGUAGAAAAUCAAUUCAAUUGUCACAUCAUUCACGGUUCUUUAAUAUUGAAGUUCAGCGCAGUGGCCUUAAUGUUGUCUAAGUAUGCAUGGUGGAAUUGUUUGGGGACAGCUGUAGUGACUGAUGUUUCAGAUAUAUUCUGGCUGGCAAGUCACAUCAAUCGAAACUAAUUUUUAUUUUUAAGAAAGCAUAACCAGCCAUGAAAGGACUAUUUUUGGUUCCAAAUGACAGAAACUCAACUUAAACAUAUUUGAUUCAUGUUACAAGGACACUUGCUUUCAGAAGUGACUAGUUCCAUGUAUUCAAUGAGGUCUUCAUCUCUCUCUUCUCUUUCGGUUAUAGUUCUAUCUGUGUGUCCUCCCUUUGUGUCUCUUUGUCCCUGUAUAGUUCUUUCUGAGGGUCUCUCUUGUUUUGUCUUUGUUCCCUUGUUGUGUCUUUCACUGCAUUGUUGCCUUUCUCUGUUUUUAUAAUCUUUGUCACUGUUUAUCUGCAUUUCUUUUUUUUCUUUUUGCAUCUCUCUGUUCUCUGCAUCUCUCUUAUCAACUCACACCUUAUCUCAUUUCUCUCUUCGUGUGUGUGUGUGUGUGUGUGUGUGUGUGUCUUUGUUAUAUAUGUUUCUAGAGUGUCUACCAAAGUUUUAAUAAUUUUGGAAAAGAUUCUGAUUGCCUGAGCCUGAGUAACAGGCACACCUCCCAAACACACCAUCCUGUGCACGGGAUGCUGACAGCCAGUGUGCUCAUUCCUCUUAUUACGAAGGAAGACUGGAUUUUCCAGAAUUUUGUGGUGCUGGAAACGACUUUCCAGUGUGCCGAUGUCUACAUUAGCCAUGUGGAGGACCUCAGCCUCCAGAGUCUCCUCCCAGUGGAGGGGUGGAUGGGGAAGUUUGUUUCUUGUGGAGCCCAUAGGUCAAACGGCAGAUCUUCCUCUGGUUCUAGGGUCCCUCAGUGGUAACUGUUCACAGCCAUCCCAUUCCUCAUCUGAGCUCCCUUUGUCAUUGACAUCGUAAUCUGUUGAUUCCUGAUGACACUCUUCCUAAUCAUGAGGGAGGUCACUACACACAGUGACCCCUUUGAUGUGGGCUCAGCCCUGAAGCUGGUCUACAUCUCAGUCUCUGGAUUUGUCAUUAAGACAGACAACCUUGUCCAACCCGCAGCCCGCGGGAUGCAUGCAGCCCAUGAUUGUUUUUAAUGUGGCCCAAAACAAAUUCUAGGACAUUCUUUAAGUUCAGCUUUGUCACACUGAACAUGUCCUGGAAGAUACUUUGUUUACAAGAAGGUCAAAGUCUUUUCCCUUUCUUCCACUGCCAGUUUCAUAGAAACAACUGCUUUUUUGCACCCAGAUUCCAUUGAGUAGUAUAAUCUUUAAUCGAUAAAGUAACAAGAAUAUUCUUUAUAAAUAAAUUUGAUAACAAGAAGAACUGAGUCUUAGUAUGCAUAUAACUUGGAGGAAAGAACCACCUGCCGGCUGUGAGCAUUUGUUUUUACCUUAGGAAGUAUCAGUAUAUCUUUCAGAGACAAUGCUCACCAAUAUGUCAUAAGCCUCUUUACGUUUCCCAGUCUUUUCUGCUGUUAGGUUGGGAUCAUUUGACUAAUAUUAGCCAAUGGAACUUGCAAGUAGAUGCAUGAUGAGACGUUGGAAACUCCAUAAAACCUGAGUCACUCGAAAAAUUGUGGAAUGAAGUCUCUUUAUUGAGUGAAACCACUGAGAUUUGCUUUUAACUGAGGGCUAAGAUCUUACUGCAACAUAACCUUGCCCUUCCUGAUAACCAUGGAAUGUUUAACUUCAGAAGAGGAUUAAGUUAAUAGAGUGAAUCAAGUGAGUUAAUGGAA